GCGGGGCCCGGGGGAGCGCCCUCUUCCUGGUCUGGUCUGGUUGCGUUGCGGGGAGACCGAGAGAGCCGGGGCUGGUGUUCAAUUCGUUGACUUAAUGGGUUUGCUGACGAUCCUGAAGAAGAUGAAACAGAAGGAGAGGGAGAUGCGCUUGCUCAUGCUGGGCCUGGACAACGCGGGCAAGACCACCAUCCUGAAGAAGUUCAACGGGGAGGACGUGAGCACCGUCUCGCCCACCCUGGGGUUCAACAUCAAGACCCUGGAGCACCGGGGGUACAAGCUGAACAUCUGGGAUGUGGGAGGGCAGAAGUCCCUGCGCUCCUACUGGAGGAAUUACUUCGAGAGCACCGACGGGCUGAUCUGGGUGGUGGACAGCGCUGACCGCCUCAGACUGGAGGACUGCCGGCAGGAGCUCAGCUCCCUGCUCCUGGAGGAGCGCCUGGCCGGAGCCACCCUCCUGGUUUUCGCCAACAAGCAGGACCUGCCGGGGGCGCUGUCCAAGGACGCCAUCCGUGAGGGGCUGGCACUGGACGCCAUCAAGAGCCACCACUGGUGCAUCAUGGGAUGCAGCGCGGUGACGGGGGAGAGCCUGCUGGCCGGCGUGGACUGGCUGUUGGACGAUAUCGCCGCCAGGAUCUUCACUGCAGACUGAGGCCCACCCCUGUACUCCUGGCAUACACUGAUCCACACUGCAGCACAGACACACUAACAUACUGUACACUGAUUCACACUGCAGCACAGACACACUAACAUACUGUACACUGAUUCACACUGCAGCACAGACACACUAACAUACACUGAUCCACACUGCGACACAGACACACUAACAU